CAGCCCUGGAAUUCCUGAGGUUUUAGGAUUUUCCUGGAAAAUCCCAGAUUUCCCAUGAUCCAUCCUUCAUCUCCAGAAAUCCCAGGUGCUCCGUAGGAUCCCACCAUGAGCGGCCUCGGCGACGGCGCCGCGGAUCCGGCAAUUCCCGAAUCCCGGAAGCGCAAAGGAUCCCCCUGCGACCCCGCCCAGAGCGCGGAGAAGCGGCGGCGCGAGCAGGAGCACCGGUACCUGGAGGAGCUGGCGGAGCUGCUGUCGGCGAACAUCGGCGACAUCGACUCGCUGAGCGUCAAACCCGACAAGUGCCAGAUCCUGAAAAAAACUGUGGAUCAGAUCCAGCAGAUGAAGCGCCUGGAGCAGGUUGGGAUUUGGGAAAUGAGAAUGGCCCUGGAUGGGUUUUUCUUCGUGGUGAACCGGGAGGGCAGGAUCGUGUUCGUGUCGGAGAACGUGACCGGGUACCUGGGCUACGGGCAGGAGGAGCUGAUGAACUCCAGCGUCUACAGCAUCCUGCACGUGGGCGACCACGCCGAGUUCGUCAAGAACCUGCUGCCCAAGUCCCUGGUGAACGGGGUGCCGUGGCCGCAGGAGGCGCCGCGCCGCAGCAGCCACACCUUCCAGUGCCGGAUGCUGGUGCGGCCGCCGGACGAGGCCGGGGCCGAGAACGCCGAGCUGCGGCAGCGCUACGAGGUGAUGCAGUGCUUCACUGUCAGCCAGCCCCGCGCCUUCCAGGAGGAGGGAGAAGAUUUCCAGUCGUGUCUGAUCUGCAUCGCCCGGCGCUUGCCCCGCCCGGCCGCCCCGGCCGCCACCGAGUCCUUCGUCACCAAACAGGACACCACAGCCUCCUUUUGUUCUAUUCUGGUUUUUGGGAUUUUCUUGGGGUUUUCUCAGGAUUUCCCAGGAUUUUCCCAUAUUUUCCCCCACAAUUCCCAUGUUUUUCCCUCAGUGAUGACGCGUGGCACGGCCUUCAGCCCCUCGUACCGCUUCACGCUGAGCGACGGCUCCGUGCUGAUCCUCCCUUUUGCCCACACCAAGUGCAAGCUGUGCUACCCCUCGAGCCCCGAGCUGCAGCCCUUCAUCAUGGGCAUCCACGUCAUCGACAGGGAUCACGGAAUUCUGUCCCCGCAGGACGCCCCCGCGCCCGGCCUGGCCCUCCCCAGGCUGAACCCCAACGUUUCACCGGGAUCGGGAAUGGCGCUGCCGCCUUCCCUUCCCCCCUCCAACGGCUCCGUCAUGGCCGCGCCCUCUCCCCACCCCGGCAACUCCCAACAGAAUUUCAAUCCGCUGGCGUCCAACGUUGCCUUAAACCAAAACAACUCCCACCCGUUAUCCCACGGCAGCUCCCCCAUGAACAGCCCCGGCGUCCCGGCGCCGCAGUUCCUGUCGCCGCGGCACCGCGGCAGCCCCGGUUUGAUCCCCCGCUGCCGAGCUCCUCCCGGCAAUCCCUUCUCGCCGUCCAUGCACUCCUCCGGAGGCGGCAAUUCCCGGCCUUUUCCCGGCAAUCCCGACGCCAACCCCGCGGCGUUCCCGGCGCCCUUGAGGCAGCAGAAUUCCCAAAGUUCCCCCGGCAGAUUGGGCGGGAAAUCCGACUCCAAGGACGGCAUCUUGGGCGAGAUGAUCCAAGGCGACGCCGAGAAAACGCCGGAGAAUCCGGGAAUUCCGCACGGAUCCACGGAGGGAUCGGACGCCAAAUGCCCUCAGGCCACCAGCCACCGUUUGGUGCAGCUGUUGGCCAGCACGGCCGAGCAGCAGCUGCGGCACCACGCCGACGCCGACACCAGCUCCAAGGAUUCCUUGGCGUGCGCCGGCAUCGCCGGGAACAGCGCCGGCAAUUCCUGCCCGUCCUCGCACAGCUCGCUGACGGAGCGGCACAAAAUCCUGCACCGGCUGCUGCAGGAGGGCAGCCCCUCGGACGUGCCGGGUUUGGCGCCGGAGCAGGACAAGAAGGAGAAUCCCGGCGGGAAUUCCAGCGCCGGCGCGGCGGAGGCGGAGAAGAAGAAGGAGUCCAAGGAUCACCAGCUGCUGCGGUACCUGCUGGACAAGGACGAGAAGGAGGCGGCGGCGGCGCCGGCGCUCAGCCUGGACGAUGUCAAGGUCAAGGUGGAGAAGGGCGAGGCGGCGGAGCCGUGCCCGGCCGCGCCCGCCGCGCACAAGAUGGCGGCCGGGGAGGAGGGCAAGAUGGAGGCGCAGGGGCAGGUGGGUGUGGGGAGUGCUGGAAUGGCACUGUUGGUCCCGGCCCGGAUCCCAGUCCGGAUCCCAAUCCCAAUCAUCAUCCCAAUCCCCACCGCUAUCCACAUACUAAUCCCAAUCCCAAUUCUAAUCGACAUCCCAGUCCCAAUAAUCCCAGUACUAAUCCCACUCUCAAUCCUAAUCCCUAUCCCCAUCUCAAUUCGAACCCCUAUCCACAUACCAAUUCUAAUCCCAGUUCCAGUCACCAUCCAAGUCCCAAUAAUCUUGGGGGAAAAAUCGGCGCCGAUUGCCGGGAUUUGCGGCGCGGAAAGGAACGAAUCGGGAAUGUCGGGAAUGUCGGGAAUGUCGGGAGUGAGCGGAGUGACCCCUCUGCAGCCCAGCACGGCCGCCAGAGCCCCAACGGCUCUGGGCUCCUCUCCGGCCGUUCCCGCUCCUCGCGCUCCCUUCGACUUCUGCGACCCCGGGAAUUCCGGGAAUUCCGGGAAUUCCGGCGCCUCCCGCGGCCCCGCCCAACCGGGAAGCAACUCCGGGAAUCUUCCCAAUCCGCCCCCGGGAAGGAACUCCGGGAAUCUUCCCAAUCCUUUCCCGCCAGAUUCAGGAAUGCCGGAGCUGGAGCUGGGAGUUCCUGAUGCCGGGUUGGGAAUUCCGGGAAUGUCGGAGCCGAUGCCGUGGGCGGAUCCCGGGAUGGCGGCGCUGAAUCGGGGAGUUCUGCCCAAACCCGACGAACCCUGCCAGCUGGACGAUCUCCUGUGUCCCCCCACGACGGCCGAGGGCCGGAACGACGAGAAGGCGCUGCUGGAGCAGCUGGUGACGUUCCUGAGCGGGAGGGACGAGACCGAGCUGGCCGAGCUGGACCGAGCCCUGGGCAUCGACAAACUCGUGCAGGGCGGCGGCCUGGAGGCGCUGACGGAACGAUUCCAACCGCACCAAGCCACGGCGCCCCCGCUGCUCCUGGAGCAAAAACCGGGAAUGUUCUCCCAACCCUCCUCCUCCUCCUCCUCCAGCGCCAACAUUCCUGGGAAUUUCCCGGGAAUGCUGCGGCAGAAGCCGCCCUUCGGCGCCGUCCCCGUGUCCGUCCCUCCUCCUCCUCCUCCUCCUCCUCGUGGAACAUUCCCAAAUAAUUCUUUGGGAAUUCCGGCCCGGCAGCCGCUCAGCCGCCCGCCCAGCGCCCCCAACCAGCUCCGCCUGCAGCUCCAGCAGCGCCUGCAGGGCCAGCAGCAGCUGCUCCAUCAGAACCGUCAGGCACUGCUCAACCAGUUUGGGGCUCCGGUGGGGAUGAACAUGAGGGCGGGGAUGCAGCAGCAGCUGGCGCCACAGCCGCCCCUGAACGCGCAGAUG